AUGUCCGAACGAGGCUCAUUCCGCGGCCGUGGUGGUGGCCGAGGCGGUCGCCAGCAGCAGAAAAGUGGCGGUGGUGGUGCCCAGCAGGAGAAGCCCAAGAAGGAGAACAUUCUCGACCUGGGCAAGUAUAUGGACAAGGAAGUCCAAGUAAAGUUCAAUGGUGGUCGUGAGGCCGGCCUAGUCACCGGAACCCUUAAGGGCUAUGACCAGCUCAUGAACCUGGUCCUCGACGAUGUCAAAGAGUCCAUGCAUGACGAUGAGGGCAACCAGACCACCCGCUCCCUGGGCUUGAUCGUCGCCCGUGGCACCCUCAUUGUGCUCAUCUCGCCCGCCGACGGCAGUGAGGAGAUCCCCAAUCCCUUCGUGCAGCCGGAGGAGUAA